UGGUACCUCAUCAUGUUUGCAAGCGCACCAGUGCCAAUACAGUACGGCAACAACAAAAACCCAUCCCGAGGCAUCCUUCGACCCACCCUUCAAAUGAACUCGAUGUCGAGUCCUGCGACUCCACGUCCGACCAAUGCCAUCGUGUUGUCGUGGAACGAUUUUCUCUGCCCUGUCGAGUGGCUCCAGGGAAACAUCCCCCCGACCUCCACAACACACUCGUGUCUACUCCAGCUCGACCAGUGCAUUGUUCAGCUACUCCUCCACGCAAGCACCAUCGGGCCCGUUUUUGUCCUGUGCGAAAGCGGCGCGUCGUUUAUUGAAGGGCUAUGCACGGCCUACUUGCCUGGCUGCGCGCAGUUGUUCUCGUCCCCCCAGCACCAAGCGCGGAUUCAGCUCAUCUGCGCCGCCACGACCCUCACGUCGGCAUGGCACGGACAAAUCCUUAAGAUGAUCUGCACCCAACGAUUGCCCGUGAGUGCCUCGUAUGGUUUGGUGACUGUGGGGGGCGACGGGUUGCGAGAGGGAUGUUUGGCGUUGGCGAAGUAUGCGCCUGCGGUGUUGCCCAAAGUGCUGCGCGUGGUGAAAACAACGGAUUUGUCUGGCGGCAUGCCAGCGAUCCUCCAUCGCCUCGUGGGCGUAGGGAGGCAACUGGGGGGGCUGGUUCAACACGGCAGCGCUGUAGACCUAUCCAUUUAAUAAGUAUAUACAUAUUGCACAUUUUAUUCUACCG